AUGUAGUAACGUAGUAGUUGGGCGUCUUGUUGAAAGCAAGCCCAACACCAUUAUUCAACAUCGUGUUGCGCUCUUUUCUGUCUAGGGCAAUGCCCCGACCUGUAUGCGGCUUUCAGCAUGUCCGUUCGAGCUGGACUGGCACGCGUCCAGCACCGAAGCUUGCAGCCAGAAGCUGGCGUGAGACUGAUGGGCUGUCGUGGGAAACAUGUACUCUGCAUCCCCGCUCGCUCCUCGAACACCGUCCGACCAUCGCUUGUCGAAGUCAGUGCCCAUCUCCGCGUCGCCGCUAGUCAGAGACGUCUCCUUAAUGGGCUUCCCAAGCACGCUGAAGUCGGCAAUAAGCGGUUCGCUGACUUUAAUUUGGCUGGGAGAACGUUUGUCGUGACUGGCGGCGCGAGAGGCCUUGGGCUCGCCCUGGCAGAGUCGCUCGUGGAGGCAGGGGGCAAAGUGUACUGCCUCGACAGACUAGAGCGACCAGACGCAGACUGGCACCAGGCGCAGAGUCGAGUCGUCCCCGAAUGGGGCGGCUCCUUGGAGUAUCGCCAGAUUGACGUCCGUUGCACAGAGAGUCUAAACAAGGUCAUCAGUUCUAUAGCAGACGAGAACAAGGGUCUCCAUGGCCUCGUCGCCGCCGCGGGGAUCCAGCUGGUGACUCCAGCGGUGGAGUACACCAUAGAGGAUGCCCGCAAGAUGAUGGAUGUCAACUUCACGGGCGUGUUCAUGACGGCGACGGCGACCGCCCGUGCCAUGUUCAAACACAAGAGUCGCGGCAGCAUGUGUCUCAUAGCGAGCAUGUCAGGGCUCGUCGCCAACAAGGGCCUCUUGUGCCCCGUCUACAACUCGUCCAAGGCGGCGGUCCUCCAGCUCGCCCGCAACCUGGCCAUGGAAUGGAGCCCCAACAUCCGCGUCAACUGCCUCAGCCCGGGCCACACGCUGACGCCCAUGGUUCUCAAGAACUUUGAGGAGGACCCGGGCCUGCGAGACAAGUGGUGCAGCGAGAACAUGAUGGGCCGCCUCGCCGAGACGAGCGAGUACAAGGGCGCUGCGCUGUUCCUGCUGAGUAACGCGAGUAGCUUCAUGACGGGAGGGAAUUUGGUGAUAGAUGGAGGCCACACCGCAUGGUGAGGACGGGCCGAUGUGUCGGAUGAUUUGAUCGUUGAGCGAUGGGUGUAGGGAGGGUUCCCCAUGCUCUGUCAUGGAGGCCGGCUUUAUGAGAACCGCAGCCGAAGGCCUGAAUACGAAUGCAGUGGCCUGCCAAGAAAUUGAAUCGGAACAUGUCGUAGACCGAGAUCGCUUGUUGACUUACA